GGUGGGUAUGCUGGAAAUGCUGUUGGAUUUCGAAUAGAUUCUUUAUUGAAAUUGGUAGAUACCCGUGCUAAUAAGCCGAGGAUGAAUCUACUGCAUUACCUGGUUGAUGUAUUUGGUCAUAAAGCUGGUCACUAUGUAUCACAGAUGCCACAUGAGUUUGAACCAUUACCUGCAGCUUGUAGAUACUCCAUGGAUACCUUAACAUGUGAAGUCAAUAGUUUGACAACUGGCUUAGAAAAAUUGAAAAAACAAGUACUAUCAGCAGAGGAUGAAAUCAAACUGCAGUUCAUUGACUUUUUAAACAAUGCAAUAGAAGAAUGUUCUGAGCUAAAGAAGUUAUUGAAAGAGAUUCAGGGACUAAGGGAAGAGUUGGCAGUGUAUCUUUGUGAAGAUGUUACAACUUUUAAAUUAGAAGAAAUAUUCACUACUAUCAAUAACUUUGUGGAUUUAGUCAAGCAAUGCCAACAAGACAAUAAAAUGAGAAAAAAACAAGAAGAAAAAGCAUUAGAAAGGGAAAAACAACAAAAAUUAAGAGAACAAGAAAAAAAGCAACAGAACUUGACAAAACAGUCAGUUGUUGACAAAACAACAGAUGAAGAUUCUUGUAUUAUCGAUUGUCUGCUGAAUGAUAUUGCCAAGGGUAAGUUUCAAAGCAAUAGAAAGAGAAGAACAAAUAAAUCGAUCAAGAAAGAUGAAAAAAAUGAAAGUAUGUUACAUUUGCUUCAAGAUAAUAAAAAUGAUGCAAUGAACAUUGAAACUUUUACUACGGAUAGCGGCAAACGAAGAGUUCGCUCCAGGAAUACAAGAACAUCAAGACAGAAGCUUAUUGGAAUGGACCGAGAGAACCCACUACAAGGUCAUUAG